GGUUAUUAUGAAAAACGAAACUCGUUCAAAAUAACGCUUAUUCGUUAAAUUGCGAUUAGAAAAAACGAUUGUAGUGGCACAAAUGACGAUACUCGUAUUUUUAUUUACGAGUGCCUUCAGCUCUCGUUCAGCUUUCGUUUUGGGGGUAGAUGUCAAAUGUCAUUUAUUUUUUUGUUUUUGUUUGGUUGGUUUUGUUAAGUGCGCAAAAAAAUGCCUACAACUAAUGCUAAGCAGUUGGAUUUGCUGGUAGCUUUUAUGAAAACCAAUCCAAACAUAGCAAAAAAUUACUUGCCGACGAACCAAGCUAAAGCCAAAUCCAAAAUUCUUUGGAAGGCAUUGACUGAUAAGCUAAAUGCAUGCGGUGCUCCAGAGAAACCAAUGGAUGGUUGGAAAAGUGUAUGGAAAGAUUUUAGGUACAAUCUGAAGCGCAAAAUGCAUGGAAAUUUGCUCUAUCGAAGUGGCACAGGGGGUGGCCUGAAUAAGCAAAAAAAAUAUUCAAAAAAUGAAAAAAUAGUAAUUGCGAUUCUAGACCUAAAUGAGACCGUGUCAGGGAAUUUAUUAGGGAAACAAUUCGGUGAUCCGAGUGAUGCGAAUAUUCAAGUGGCGGCCGGCAGCAGCACCAGUGUUAAUGUGACUAUGGAAGAAGCUGAUGAGCAGGAAGUACUUCUCGUUAUGUUCAACGAUGACUCUUUACCACAACCAGACAACAAUGAAAAUACUGAGCCACAACCAGAUAAUACUCAACAUUUUGUAUUUUUUUAUACGCAUUUCCUCUUUUUUGUUAGUUUGGGAUUCAUCUUCGCUUUCAAGGAAAUAGUCGCAGUGAAAAAACAUUUUAUAGAAUUUAUGCAAAUAACAUUUAUUUUUGAAACUUCCUCGACUUUAUUUAUAUUUUGACAUUUGUUAAUAGGAGUGAAGUUAGUUGCUCCUUUAAAAAAUUAUCAUUUUUCGUUUUUGCCUGGCAACUUUUUUUGCUUUCUAUUUUCGUAUCUUAUAAUCGCUCUUCACCAUGACUUUCGUUUCUUCGAGUUUCGUUUUUUCUGCCGUUCGUUUCGUAAUUCAUAAUAAGGGCCCA